UCCGGCAACCAAAUGCAGAUUGUGAAGAAACGCUGUCAUGGCGGCCUCCUGUAGCAAUCUGGUUAGUCAGUGAAGGCCAGUUAAAUAUCUGACUCUACUUAACGUACCCAGAAGUAGGAGCGCAGCUGGAACAUGUUCCCAGAAGCGACGCGGUGUUUAAAAGCGUCCGCUCCUUUAUUUUCCAAGAAUGUUUUCCUCAACGCUUCUGCACAUGGAGGAUCAAGCAGCCUUCCGCUCCAGAGGAGCCUCAGGGUCAGCCACUGUUUGGCAGCCAAGGUAGCCCCUCCGAAGAAACCCAGGGAGAAGGUGGAAAUCCCCGGGCUGGAGGUGGUGACCUACGGAGACAGGAUGCACUACGUGCCUGGCCUGGCUAAGCCCGUUUAUCCUUCAUGGGAGAGAAGCUACAAGGACCCGAGGUUCUACAAGUCUCCGCCCGCCCAGGAGAUGGCGCUGUAUAAAGACAAACCGUGCUAUGUGUUCAACCAGCGGACAAGCGUGCUGGAAGGCGUGCGUCAGGCUGCGUGGUUGACCAAAACCAGCGCGAUGCACGGUCUUCCGCCUCACCUCGUCUCACUGAGCGCUACGGCUGAAAACCAGCUGCCCAAUCAGGAUGAGCGCGUGCAGGACGCCAUCAAACACGCCAGGUUCUGGGACACCACGGAGCCACGGCCGAGAAAGGAGAAAUACAGCAACACACUGCUCCUCAACCUGCUCCAUCUCUGCGCCACCCUGCAGCCCACUCAUCCAGCCGUCGGAAGGAGGAUCCUUGCAGAAAACUAUUCAUUAGCAGCUACCUGGACCAGAGGUGAGGACCUGUUCCAGAUCAGAGGUCAGAAUGGUUUGCUGCACUGCAGCAUGGAUCCGCUUCCACGGGUGUGCGAGGAAAAGGAAGUGUUGGAGACAUCGGAUCAGGUCCUGGAAAGCUUUUAUCCCGUCUCACCCACCAUUGACCUGCAACAAGUUAACGUGUACAAGGAGGACGUGAACUGUACAGGUUUUAGGGGAGACUACCCUUACCCUCAUGCCCACACACUUUACUUCCUGGAGACUCCUGAUCCUAACUUUAAGCUUCGGCCGGAGCAGUUCAGAGCCAAGAUGAUCAUGUUCACCUUCGGGAAUGCUUUGGCACGUGCACACAAACUGUACGGGACUCAGCCCCAGACCCUGUUAGAGCGUCCUGUAACCGUACAGGCAGUGGGGACCAACGGCAGAAUUUUCCAGUUUCUGGUAUUCCAGCUCAACACCACAGAUCUGUCUGGAGAUGACGGCAUCAAGAACCAGGUGUGGUUGGAUGAAGACGUUGAGCUAUACGAUUUUGCAAAGGUCCGACCUCUCAUCAAGAGAAAAGAAGUGAAGGUACCAGCUGGUCUGACAGGAUACAAACCUGAAACAUUCAGCAAAUUCCUGGCCCUGUACCUGCAUGGAGCUGUUUAGGACUUCUUCACUUCAAUAUGUUUGCAAAUGGACACGUUGUGAGCAGCGAGUCACUAAUCGUCAGGAAUGGAAUGGGCAUUCCUUUCAGUCAGCGACGACAUGUUGACAUUGAUGAACUGACAGAAACGUCCCAUUUCCUGCCAUAAUCACGUGUUAGAGCUCAAUAAAGAAUAGUGGGAUAAAUAUU